ACCGAGCAGUCUGCAGUGACUUCCUCGCUUUAUUAGUGUUGUGUUAUUUACGUUGACGUUUUUAGGUUUGAUUAAUUGUUAACUUGUAAUUAAACAUCUCCGUGCAACGGAGGCUAAGUGGUGAAUUUUUCCUAAGAAAGAUAUAAUAAUAUAAUAUAAUAGCCCGCGAUUAGAUAACUUAGCAAUAAUUUAAAAAGCAUGCCAGGUGAUCGAGCAGUUGUGAACGCUACCAAUUGUUACAAACAUUUUGUAUUCUAGUGGCUUAUGAAUUAUAAAUUUAUAACAAUAUUUUAAUCAGUACCGAGACCAAUUGUCGACAUUGUCAAAGUUGUCUCAAGGUCAUUCUUGUGAAGCUAUAAAACGAAUACAUAUGUACAAAAUGGAUAUUCAUCUUCGAUCAGGACACAGGCAAAAAAAACUUGACACCACCGAUAAUCAGAAACAGUUUUUAAAUAAUUUAGAAGAUCAAUUUUCAUGCACUAGGAGUUCACCAAGGCGACAAAAUGGGUUUGAUCAGCAGCUGUUCAAGACAGAUGAAACUCCAGUUGCUGUACCAGUCAAUGGACCUCCAACUCCGCAUCGGAUCAAUAUGACAAGAACAGAUUCUGAAGAUUCUGAAAAACCAAAUGCUGGUGAUAAUACAAAUAUGAGCAAGAUAUUUUAUCGAGAGUCUCCCAGUACUGUGCUGGACAAUGUACAAAAUCCUGCCAAAAAGUCAUUGAAAAAAGGUCGUAGAAAACUCAAUCCAAACAACACCGAUGGACAAGGAUUACUAAAAAUGACUGCGAAUAGAACCAAUCACAAAUUAACAGACUAUUUCCCAGUUCGUAGAAGUGUUCGUAAAUGUAAAAGAACUGUGUUAGAAGAACAACAGAGGGACAUGGAAAAUAAGGUUCUAUGUCAGGUGCAGGAUGGACUGAAAAUACAAGAGUUCAUUGGUAAGGGCAGAGGAAUUGUUACAACGAGAGAAUUUCGGAAAGGUGACUUUGUGGUAGAAUAUAUCGGUGACCUGAUUGAUCAAAAUAUGGCUAAAAAACGAGAAGCUGAAUAUGCUCGAGAUCACAGUACAGGAUGUUACAUGUACUACUUCAAGCACCGUAACCAACAGUAUUGUGUGGAUGCAACACCAGAAUCAGAUAAGUUAGGCAGAUUAGUAAAUCAUUCUCGUAAUGGUAAUCUGAUUGCACGUGUGAUAGAAGUUGGAUCUAUACCACAUUUAGUCCUUACGGCUAAAGAUGACGUACCACGUGGUGUUGAAGUGACUUAUGACUAUGGAGACCGUAGUCGAGAAUCUAUCCGUAAUCAUCCAUGGUUAGCAUUGUAACGAGAAGUAGGAUCAUUCUUACAUCUCCGGUAAUUAGUCAUAAUUAGAUAAAAUAAUUUUUAACCAGUGCACAUAUUUGCAGUCCCUCGAGUUGCUAGUUACAAUAAUGCAAGUGCCCCUAAAUUAUGUAAAAAUGUUUACAGAGACUGAGAUUACGAUAAAUCUAACACUGGUUUUGUACUAACUAAUAUCUUGGUAAUUGCCCAUGUAAUCAAUAAAUGAAAAAUUUAUUCAACUCUGUAAAAUUGCUAGAAAUUUACAAAUUUAAUGUGAUGGUAAACAUCACAUGAGAAUGGCAGGCACAGAUUAUCGCUGUGUACUGCAAUAUUAGGGACCUCCUGCAUAUGGUGGAAAAACUUCCUUCAAGAGCCAACGAUACCCGUUGCGUUUAACAAUAUACAUUACGCGCUUUUGAGUGAUGUUCGAACGCGAAAUUCUUGAAUAUGAAAUUGUAUCUGUCAAAUAUGUGAUUAAAAAAAUUACUCCUUCGGUAAAAAAGUUUGAUGACAAAUAAAAUUUUAUAUCCAACGAACUCUGAAAUAAAACAAUUACAAGUGCAUAUAACAACGGUGAUUUUAACUUUAUGCCUACGUUCAAAUCUCCUCCUCAAUAUCAUAAAAAACAAACUUUUCUCAAUAACGUGAAUCUGAAAUCGUCAGAUGCCAUUUCACGUCAAACAUUUUUACCAAAGAAUUAACUCUUCUUUUUAAUUUAAACCUGUUCGUUUCCAAGAAUAUUUCCCUCGAACAUCGUUUAUCCGCGUAUAAAUGUAUUGCAAAGAGAAACUGAUCAGAUUGACUCUUAAUAUUAUUACCUAUUUUACACUCAUUUAAUCAGUUUUAAUGUAUAUUUAUUGGUUUGGUACCGUUAAAGAUAUUAUUUUUGUAAAGGUUAUUUUUCGAAACAGACAAUUAGUAUCAUUCAGUGAUUUAUGAUUGUAGUAUUUAACUAACCUUUUCAAUGCAAUGAUUCUCACAUUCUUAAUAAAUAUUAAUGAAUAAAUUUAGCUCUUCUAUAUAUCUACAAUAAGGAUUUUUAAACGAUACUUAGUGAUAUUCACAUUUCUUUUCAUCAUCUCGAGAAACUUCUACAUUUUUUAAAUCUCUCGCAAUCGAAAUUCUAUGUAAAACAAUGGUCCUUACUACAUAUUUUUGCAAAGUACAAAAUAGAGCUGAUGAACUGCACUGGAUUGCAAAUAAGUAGUAAAUGAAAGAGAAAACAAAUAGUUAUUCGAAUAGAAAUUAUCAAUGGGUAUAGCAUAAUAAAUACCCCAGUUCGAUGAAUAAUAAAAAAAUGACAUACUAUUUAUAUAAAAUUGCAAAAAUGUGAAACACCACUAUAAUUAUAGCCGAUUGAACUAUCAUAUGCGUUAUACGAAAAUCCUGUGGAGGCAGUUGAAAAAGUUGAAUAAAUAAUGUUUCUUUCAAAAUACUAUGCCAAUUGUGUAGAAAUAAGAAUGCUAGUUUAAAAUCGUAUCACCAUACAGGAGCAAACAAAACUGUCCUUUGAUAAAAAAUUUCAAGGCGCUUAGCGUCCAACGACAACUGGUUUUGAUUAAUUAAAAAAUGAGCACAGUGCGGGAAUAAAAUCCAAUUCCGAUCGUAGUGUGAUGAACUAAAGUUAUUUAAACAUAUUUAUUAUUCAGUUACGAUUAUCCUAAGUGGCUUGGGCUAUUACAGACUUGGGCUAUGUUAAAAUUCUUAUUACAAAUUGAAAUAUAUACAGUUAUAAAGUUAUGGCGAGAACUGCACAAGCCUAGAAGUUCGGAUGGGAGGUAAAAGAUAGUAAACGUUAAUGUAAAUCAUCAUAGUGUUUAAAAAAAUUGAAGAAUUUGGAUAAAUAGUUACAACUAUCUUAUCACAGAUUUGAUGAAUAACUAACUAUUAUUUAAGCGAUCCCGUUGAAGAUUAAAAAUCAAACGUUUGUUAUUUAAAUUCUAACUCAAUAGCUACAUAACUGCCUGUUGUAUUUAAAUUGUACAAACUAAUGAAUAGCCGUGCUUCGUUUAUCCUUAUUUAUCUUUGAUCAAGUAAAAUAUCUCACUCUGAAAUGGGUGGACUAAAAUAUAGUAAUGACUUAGAUGUUAUACAAAUACGUCGGCUCUGCCUGCCUUAUUAAUAUUUUAGUAACAUAUAUUGUCUAGUAUUCACAUAAAGUUAACGUUAGUAGAUAAUUUAUGUUAAUAAUUAGCCUGUAUAGUAUUCAGUUGACUAUAUACCUGUGUAUAUUCAUUUAUAAUGUAGUCACUUACUUCCGGAAUAUUUCUGGUAAAUAGUGUAAUACUAUCAAUGUGAAUAUUAAUGACAUUGUCAAUAAUCAUCCCUGAAAAAUUUUAUUUUAAUUCUUUUUAAGCAUGUUUCUACUUUUUCUGAGGUGAUGAAACUAGCAAAUGGUCCUUGAUUGAUUUAAAUUUGGCUUCAUAACAAUGUAAAAUAUACUUUUUUGUACCCAACAGACAACUUGUACAUUUGAUAUAGUUUUGAUACAAAAUUGAAUUGUUAUACAUUUAGUUGUGCCAAUGAUCAGUAUAAUUUCACAAAGAAAUUUACUAUUUUUGGUGUUACUGAGCCUAUUAAGAGAAUGUUAUAAUUUUGUUGGUAUCUCGUAAUAUUUUAAGAGUUUCAAUGACUCUGAUAAAAACAAGUAAUUACUUCUGACAGUUGGAUUUUGUUCCGCAGUUUGAACUUUCCCUGCCAGCUUUUUUCUCUUAAUUCAUCAAUUCAACAUGUCUACAACUAAAAUCUCUGAUCAUUUAAUUACCUCUACGACUGAAUUGAAACAAAAUAUCAUAGAUAACUUUUUAGUGAAUGCAUAUAUAGGUAUACAUAUUUUUUAUUAUACGCUUUAUGUUAUUACAAAGAUGUCAUGAAUAAAAAUAUAAUUGUGCACAUGAA